CCUCUCUCUCUCUCUCUCUCUCUCUCUCUCUCUCUCUCUCUCUCUCUCUCUCUCUCUCUCCACUACUGUUGCCGAAUGCCCUACCCACGCACGCCCUCUCUCUCUCUCUCUAAAGCUCGGUUGAAGGCUAGCUCAUUCACGACCGUGAGUUUCUAAUGCAAGGGAAGGGGGCUCAGUACUCAUCAGUCUUCCAAAGAUAUGAGCAAAAGGCAAAGUUCUUCAUGUGUUCAUGCCUCAGAAAAGGCAGCUAGAAUUUACAGAGAACACCUGGAGGACUACUCUAUUGCCAGAGGUAGACUACAUACUCAGAGACAACCCGAGAACUACAAGCUACAUGGUGGGAUAUGGAAGCAAUUUCCCACAACAAGUUCAUCAUCGCGGUUCUUCCUUUGUUUCCGUCAAGGUUGAUCCUUCAUUCAUGUGUUGCAGAGAAGGUUACAACACCUGGUAUUCGAGGAAGGCCAGCGAUCCAAAUCUUCUUGUGGGUGCAAUUGUCGGUGGACCUGAUGCCUAUGACAACUUUGCUGAUGAGAGGGAAAAUUAUGAACAGACAGAACCUGCAACUUAUAACAAUGCACCACUUCUUGGUGUAUUGGCUCGUCUUAAUGGCGAAAAUAGCGGACUUAACCAACUCCUUCCAGUUAUAUUUUGUAAAAGAAGUAUUGUAGAUGAUAUGUUUGCUCCAAAUGCUUCAUGA